AUGGACUCCACCGGCGGAACUGGGGUAUCGGCAUCAGUCUCUCUCUCGGAAGAUGGGGAGUUUGUCUCCCAGCUAAAUGCAAAGGAACUCGUCUUUCACCUCAACCCGACAUCUUCCGAGUUCCAAGAUGUACAAAUCGUGAAGGUCAAAGAAAAUCUACCCAAGUUCUUGAAGAUCUCGCGAGCCACCAAUGGCCAGCCCCCCGGUUUGCCUACCCCCGAAGGCAAAGAUCUUUCGAGGCAGAGAGUGCUAUAUGCAAGUGACACUCGAGUCCUGGUAUGGCAGCUGGAACCAAUGCAAUUACAUGCAGAAAUCGAUAGCAUCGAACCCGGCGCCACAAACGUCGACUUUGGCGGCGAUGAGAACGAAGUCAUAGUAUUCAACGCGUUCAACGCGAAAGUCUCUAUACAUGGAUUGGAUACAGGCUGCAGCCAAGUCAUCAAGUCGCCUAAAUUCUCCCACUACAAUGGCUUCGGAUACCGACCGAAGACCAGGCAGUUUGCCAUCCUUCUCAAGCCUGAUGCUGUCGAUGUGCUAACGAUUCACGAAUUUCGAUCAUACGAGCUGAUUGGACGGGCUAAUUUACCUACGGUAGAUGCCCAAGGCAUGAAAUGGAGUCCUGAUGGCCGAUGGAUAGCUGUUUGGGACGCUGCGAGCGCCGGUACAAAGGUUCUCAUAUUUACCGCCGAUGGUCAGCCUUUCAGAACAUACACUGGCCCGCCUGGUACCGACAUAUCUCUCGACCUUGGUGUCAGGAACAUUGAAUGGGGCCCUGCUAGCAGCAACGGGUCCUCGGAAUUUCUAGCUGUCGGAAAGGUUGACGGGACCGUUGACCUUCUCAAAAGCAAAACGUUUUCUUGCUCGAUGACACUGUCGCACACGUUCCAAUUGGAUCAGAACACUCCUAGCAUCUGGCGUGAGCGAUUUACGACCGUGGAUGGGGAUCUUGAAUAUAACGAAUGCGCAGGGUCUUCUGCAUUUAGUGCGAUAGGCGAGCCCACUGGACCCCCACGGGGAGUCUCAAUCAUGGCGUUUAGCUCCAGCGGGAAUUUACUAUGCACGGUCGAUCAGUCGCGGCCUAGUAUCAUUUGGAUCUGGGCUCUGGAGUCCAACGUGGUACUUCUGUCGGCUCUCGCUCACGAACAUCCUGUGAGACAAGUUGUGUGGCAUCCCUCGAAGCCCGAGUUUCUUGUCACCACAACAAACAAUACAGGCGCUGCUGUGCGGCACUGGUCGCUUGACCGACAGCCUUCGAUCGUCCGUAUCCCGGCGUCUAGAAAUGAUGCAGGGCGCUACGACGUGAGAUGGUUGCCUCGAGAGCAACGAGGCCAAUCGGUCUUUUGGUUUGGGACACCAGAUGAAUACGUGCUUGGGUAUAUCGAGGACGAGAUUGUCGUGUCGCAAUUCAAGGUUCUUAAGUCUAUCAGUAGCAACCUGAGGUUACCUUCUGGCAACUACGGGGCGAACAUGAGCCGAUGA